AUCGAUAACCUUAACCAGGCUUCAUUUCAGUGUGUUAGUGCUUUGUCACGAGCAGCCCCUUAUAUAAAAGAUGGAUCCACGUUCCCCCGACAGCUCAUCGACCCCGCCCCGCAACCUCCAGCUAAUCCAAGCUCAGACACCAUGUCGCCCACAAAGCCCCUCAUCGCCAUCACCGGCAUCAACGGCUUCAUCGCUACCGCUGCCGUCCUCCAUUUCCUGGCCAAUGGCUGGCACGUUCGCGGUUCCGUUCGUACUGCCGCUCAAGCCGAAAAGCUCAAAACUCUUCCGGCUUAUGCAAAGUACAUCGCGAGCGGCGAGCUGGAUAUUAUUGUGCUGGGCGAUUUGGUCAAGGAUGACUUCAAGGAGCUCGUUGAGGGGGCCGAUGCUGUUGCGAGUAUGGCGGCUCCUGGGUUCAUGACUGACGACCCGGCGAGCUUCAAGUGGGAGCACAUCAAGGGUCCUACUAUCGACCCUAUCCUCAAAAUCUUGAAGUACGCCGAGGAAUCCUCCACCAUCAAGAGCGUCAUCAUCUUGUCAUCCGGCGUGACCUCCGUCGUCGGCAGACAGGACUCUCCCGGUAAAGUCUAUACCGAAGACGACUGGGCGCCUUUCACUGAGGAGUUUUGCCAGACUCUUAAUCCCGUUACCAACCCCAUGGCCACUUUCAUUUGGUACACGACCGCGAAGAAACUGGCCGAGGAAGCUGUUUUGGAUUAUAUCGAGAACAAGAAGCCUUCUUUCUCUGUUACCAUCUUUUGCCCUUCCAUGGUCACUGGCCCGGCACACUUUAUCCCCUCCAUUGACGCUAUCAAAGACCUCCCCGGCGGUUCUUCCAAAGACUUUGUCAGCCUUUUGUCGGGUAAAGACCAGCCCUUGCCCGCCCAGAUCUCGUGGAGCUUUGUAGACGUGCGCGACGUGGCAGAAUCGUUCUACGCUGCUGUUACGAAGCAUGUUUCGGGCAAGUUUUUUAUCUCUGGCCGCGAAUUUACCUGGCAAGAAUUCGUUGACAAGCUUAGGGCCUUCCGUCCCGACCUUGACGCUUACAUUGCGGCGGGAGAGCCUGGUAAAGAGGUCAUUGGCGAAUGGUCCGUGGAUGGCGGCAAAUCUCAGAAAGAACUUGGCCUCAAGUAUCGCACUACUGAGGAGACUUUGAAGGAUACGCUCGAGUUCUAUGAAGGGCUUGGGUUGUUCAAGGAGGCGCCGAUUGGAGCGAAGAAGGCUUGAUGAAUUGGGCGCAUGGUGAUCGCGGUUGAAGACGGCUCUGGUUGGCUUUACAGUGGGUGUACAUAGGUCCUUAGAUGGUCAUGCA